CCCCAUUUUGCCGUUCGCUGCAGAAGCAACAACACCAACAAAGCUAUAGCUGUCUCUUUCCUUGCAUCUCCUCUCCUCUUCUCUUCUCUUAUAUAGGCCACCGCGAGGUCGGUCUCCAUCCAUCCAUCCAUUCCAGCAUUUCUUGAAGCUUGCUGUGGAUCAGAGAGGAUGGCUCACGAGAUGAUGGGUGGCUUCUUCGGCCAUCCGCCGCCGCCGCCUGCGACGGCGGCGGUGGGUGAGGAGGAGGACGAGGUGGUGGAGGAGACGGAGGAGGGUGGCCAUGGCGGAGGAGUUCAGGGGAAGCUUUGCGCGAGGGGACACUGGCGGCCGGCGGAGGACGCCAAGCUCAAGGACCUCGUCGCGCAGUACGGCCCCCAGAACUGGAACCUCAUCGCCGAGAAGCUCGACGGCAGAUCAGGGAAGAGCUGCAGGCUGAGGUGGUUCAACCAGCUGGACCCGAGGAUUAACCGGAGGGCGUUCACGGAGGAGGAGGAGGAGCGGCUCAUGGCGGCGCACCGGGCGUACGGCAACAAGUGGGCGCUCAUCGCCCGCCUCUUCCCCGGCCGCACCGACAACGCCGUCAAGAACCACUGGCACGUCCUCAUGGCGCGCCGCCACCGCGAGCAGUCCGGCGCCUUCCGCCGCCGCAAGCCUUCCUCCUCCUCCGCCUCCCCCGCCCCCGCCCCCGCGCCGCCGCCGCCGCCGCAGCCCGUCGUCGCGCUCCACCACCACCACCACCGGUACUCGCAGCAGUACAGCGGGUACAGCGGCGCCGCCGAGUCCGACGAGUCGGCCUCCACCUGCACCACCGACCUCUCCCUCAGCUCCGGCAGCGCCGCGGCCGCCGCCGCCGCCGCCGCGGCGGCGAACAUCCCCUGCUGCUUCUACCAGAGCACGCCGCGCGCCUCUUCCUCUUCCACCGCCGCGUGCCGCGCGCCUCGCGUCGCGGCGGCGGCUGACACGGUGGCGUUCUUCCCCGGUGCAGGCUACGACUUCGCCGCCGCCCCGCACGCCAUGGCUCCCGCGGCGGCGUCCACGUUCGCGCCGAGCGCGCGCUCCGCCUUCUCCGCCCCGGCGGGCCGCGGCGAGCCCCCCGGCGCCGUCGACCAGCGCGGCGGCGCCCAAGCCACCACCGACAGCCACACCAUCCCCUUCUUCGACUUCCUCGGCGUCGGCGCGACAUGAUUACCGGCGACGUCCUCCGGUGGUGGUGGUGUACAGGAAGGAAGGAAGGAAGGAAGCAGCCAAGAUCAAGCGAUCAAAACCAAGCUAAGGUUAGAGUUAGCCAAGAACAAGACUAGGACGAGGAGGAGGAGGAGGAACAAGACGUGCUCGAAGCUCAUCAAUGGCGUUCUCAACCAAACAAGUUUUUUCUGCUGCUGCUGCUGCUGCAAGCUAGCUUAGAUUAUUCAGAUGAAGAACAAUAAGAAGAAGAUGUAGUACUAGUAAACUAGUAAUGGUGUGUGCGUUUGGAAAUCAACAAGCUUCCAUGCCAUGCCAUGCCUCCUCUGUUCAUCGAUUUCUUUUUUUUAUCUCUCUCCUCUGUAUGAACAAGUAGAAGAAGAAGAAGAACAAAUUAAUCCAUUGCUCUCGCAGAUGGAUCAGCAACAUCAAGCAUUGCCGCAUUGUCUCUCUCUUUGUGUUCAUUGUCCAUGACGCCAAAGAGAAAAGAAGAAAAAUUUUCA